UUUUGUCUUGCUCGUGAACACAAACAGGUUUUGCCUGUGUGUGUGUGUGCGUGUGUGCGUCUGUGUGUGUGUUGGCCGAGAUGUUUUCCUCUUCUUCCUUCCACUGGAGUGAAAGUUACAGCGUCUGUCGUCCGUCAUGAUGGUCUUGCAUCGAUGAAGGGGUUUUACACAGGGAAUUAAGGGAAAACUGCACUUUAGAUCGGUGUAAAUAUGGCUCAUCGUUCCCAGUGCUCCUCUGCCGGGGACAAUUCCCUGGAUCCCAACUACCUGCCCCCUCAUUACCGUGAGGAAUACCGAAUGGCGAUUGAUGCCCUGGUUGAAGCUGACUUGGAGGGCUACUAUGGGUUUCUUCAGGAAGCAGAUGUGGUUGAUUUCUUAUCCCGUUCAGAGAUUGAGUAUAUCAAACACAUAGUGCAGGCUCCACAUCACGCCGCCCAACCAGAGAGGAGAUACAUGGCUGAAGAUGUAGAUGGCUCUUCUGACACUUACUGGCCGGUACAUUCAGACCAUGAUGCUCCGAGCCUUGACUUAGGCUGGCCACAGCAAUACAGAUUUAUUGGACCCACUGAGGUCACUACAUUGGUGAACCCCUCUGACCCCGAGAUGCCCAGUAUCAAGGAACAAGUCCGCAGAAUGAUCAAGAAUGCACAACAAGUUAUUGCUGUGGUGAUGGAUAUGUUUACAGAUGUUGACAUCUUUGCUGAUAUCCUUUGUGCAGCGACACGUGGUGUGGCUGUUUAUGUUCUUCUUGAUGAACUGAAUGCUCACCAUUUUGUUGGGAUGGUGAACAACUGUAGGGUCAAUCUGGAUGAAAUAAAAUUCAUGCGGGUAAGAACUGUGUCUGGCAGUACCUAUUACUGCAGAACAGGAAAGACCUUUAAAGGUCAGAUGAUGGAUCGCUUUAUUCUGGUAGACUGCAGGGCUGUUUUAAGUGGUAACUAUAGCUUCAUGUGGUCUUUUGAGAAGAUACAUCGCUGUCUUGCUCAUCUAUUUCUGGGACAGCUUGUGACCACCUUUGAUGAAGAGUUUCGGAUUCUCUUUGCCCAUUCCGAGCCACUGGUUGUUGAAAAUGUUUUGGCAAAUAUGCCACACUAUGGUGGUGAACCUGAAAGCGACUACAGCACAGAAAAGAUCCACAUGUUUAACAGACAAUAUCCAACUAUGGGCAUGGAAUGGGCUGGACGUACAACAGAAGAUCAUUUGAAAUUGGGUUACAAAAUGUUACCCUUUAGGAGUGAAUCCAUCCACAGUGCAACAGAAGCAAAUCCCUCUGUUCAAAGGCACAUGAAGCUGCAUGCUGCCCAUCAAUAUAGAGGGGACCAACAAUUUAUAGAGCAUGGAAGGCAAAUAAGAGGACCAAAUAAGACAGUUGGCUUCAAAAGACAUAGCUAUGGAAAUAUAACUGAUUAUGAAUACAUGCCUCCUCAAAACCAUCCAACAAUGAGAGGAAACCAGUACAUGGAGGGAGCAAUGCCACAGGGCGGCCACUUUGCAAGGGAACCACAUAUUUACCAGGGAGCUGGAUUACAAUCUGGUUAUGACAUGUAUGGAAGGUUUAGAGGCCAAGGCCAACACAUCGAUCAGUUUUCAGGGCCUGUCUACCCUCAUGAGGGAGAUGAAGCUGAACCACCUGGAGCUUAUGACCAUAUUCAAAGAUACCUGCAGUCUCAACCUGCUAUGGAGGAAGGACAUGGUCCAAGAAAUGUAUUGCCACAUAUGCAGUCCAAUCUCAAGAGACAUAGCAUGGGACAGUCUUAUACAUGUCAGACCUCCCCAACACAACCAAACCAGCCAGAACAAAAACGUUUUCUCAGUGUAAACCGCAAACCACAGGAUGUGAGUCAAAAGCAAGGCCUGCGGGACUGGAGGAUCAACUCAUACCUCAGUGCAAAUGAUGAUGCAGGAGAGCUGGAUUUAGCUGAACUUGAAGGAUCCACUGCAUGUGAUGACAUUCCAUGUUUUAUGCAGGAAGCUCCUUGUGGCCCCAUACGUGCUGAAAUUAGACCUGGAAAUAGAGAGUUUAACAGGAUACCUUCACCUAGGGAAAAUCCCACGUUUUUCAAAAUUCAAAAUGAUUCUAUUAUGCCUGGCAGUUUAGCUAAUCCUCCAUCUGAUUUAUCACAAAUAAAUAUCAUAACAACACCUGCAUCAACUUCAGAGUCUUCUUGCACCACUGAGGGUGACAAAGCGGAGGAGACGCAGAAUAGAGAACCUAAAGAGACUAACCGGAAAAAUGAAGAGUUUCUCAAAAGGAAACCCAACCGACCUGUCCAGAGGAGUUCCAGACUGAGACACUCGCUGAUAUUCAGUUCAAAUCUGGAACUGAAUAGUGCAGAAGAGAUGAAAGAUACUGCUGGAGAAAAAGAUGGGGAUGAAGCUUCAAAACUUUCAGCUCGUGUGUCACAAAUCUUAGAUAAAAGGAGGACUGGCUCUGCAUUUCAACCAUUUCAGUGGAGCAAUUUUGUAAAGUCAGCCACAUUUGAUAACUCCACCUCAGAGUCUGCACAACCUCAGGAUGAACUGAACAAAAUGGGUGAAAAUUCUGAUGUAGAUAAGGUUGAAACCUGCCAAAAUAUUCGAAAGAAUUCAUUAAAGAGUGAUCUGCAAGAAAAAGGUCUGCCUCAAACAGUUCCUGAAAAAUCUAGCCAAAGGGAUGAAUGUCCAUCUAAUUUAUCGCAAAAGCCAUCUUCUUUCAUAGAUAUGAAUGACCCUGACUAUAGACUGAGGUAUUUCAAAGAGUUAGCAGCCAAACGCAAACUUGCAGCAGCAAAGGCUUCUCAGAGCAAUCCGAUGAAAGCCACCCAAAAGUUUUCUCUACCAGAGAAACCUUUAGCUACUGAUGCAGAUAAAAAAGGCCCUGUCUUCAAGACCCCAGAAACUCCACUCAAGUCAAAAAAUACCCCUGCCACAGUAACAGAGAUCAAAGAGACCUAUAAAGACACCAAAUGUGAGGAAUCGAGUAAAGACAUCCUACAUAGAGCCACCGAUGCUGAAAAAAUUAGAUUUAAGAAAAAACUUGCAGAAGAGUCUGGCUCAACUUUAAAAAAUUUCAAGGGAGACAUUGAUCAAGCUCUAAAACCUGUUGAAGGGGCAAGAACAGUAUCUACAGCUAAAAACCAGACACCCCCCAUUUUAAACAUUUUUUCACAAAAGCCUGCCUGUGCCUUACAAAAUCAAGUAGAUUCUGUUGCAUUAGAUACUACCUCAACAGAAUCUGGUCUCAACCAAUAUCAUAUUCCUAAAGAAACAGAUCCCUCCCAUGCCUUUCUGACUGAGAGUUGUCUGCCUGUAAAGUUUCCACAGACAAAGUGUGUGUCACCGCUAUGCACCACUUCAGAUGAGGGAAGUCUACCUGCAAAAGAAUCCCAAAUUCUUGCACAGAGCCUACCCAAUAUUUCUAGCGCAUGUUCUGAUACUUUGGCUCUUGAUUCUAAUUCAGCAGCAAAUCUUGCAAUUGUAGAUACUUGUGAACCUUCAAAAAAUGACCACAAAGACACAGUUCCCUCCCCAGCAUUUUCUAAAACUGGAAUUAGUUCCACCGAACACCCCACUGCAAUAAAGGCAGACUCUUCUCAACACCUCAGUGAAACUGGGGCAGAUUUUUCUAGACGCUUCACCGCUGUAGGGGCAGAACCAUCUACAGCAGAAAAUGUGCAUUCCCAACACCAUUCUCAACUAACUCCUGCAUCUAAAACAGACUGUUUUCAACAGCCUACUGCAGUGAGGAAAGACUUUUCCCUGCACCCCACUGCUACAGAAUGUAGAACUUCACAAAACCUCCCUAUUACAAAAAAACCUGAUUCUUUCCAACAGCCAACUGCAGCAGAAAGUGAAUCGUUUUACCACUUCACUACAAUUAAAGCAGCCUCUUCUCAACAGCCUACUGAGACAGGAGAAGACUCUUCUCAGCCCCCCAUUAAAACUAGGACAGACUAUUGCCAACAAUCCAGUGGAGCAGAAAGCGAAGACUCUGAAAUACACACUGCAGUGCAGACAGACCCUACUACAACAAGAAAUAAAUCAUCCCAACAGUACUCUGCAGUAACCUCAGACUUUUCAAAACAUUCAACUGCAAAAGACUCUGUGCAACACCAUGUGGCAAAAGAAAGUAAACAUUCCCAUAAACCCACUGCAUCAGAUACACAACACUUCGUGCAGCCAAAUGCUCCUGCUGCAACCUCUUCAAAACAUUCCAGUGCAAUGGAGAUAGACUACUCCCAGCAGCCCACUUCGACAGCCACAUACUUUUCUCAACACCCCACUGCAGCAGCCACAGAUUCUUCUCAGCAACCCAUUGCAAAGGAGACAGACUCUUCUCAAAAGCCUAUUGCAAUGGAGACAUACACUUUUCAGCAGUCCACUGCAUCAGUGGUAGACACCAUCAAAGAGCUAAGUGCAUCAGAGGCAGACACUCCCCAGUCCCACACUUCAACAAAAAGUGACCUUUCCACAGAACCUUUUAAACAGUUACCUUUAUUGGGAGCAAGCUCUUCUCAACAGCCCACUGCCAUAACCACAGCUUCUACACAGCAGCCAACUAUAACAAUCCCAGACUCUUCAGACACAGACUCUUCCCAGCAGCCCACUGCAGCAGAGAUAGACUCUUCCCAGCAACCUGCUGCAACAGAGACAGGCUCUUCCAGGAAGCCGGCUGCAGCAGACAAAGACUCCUCCCAGAAGUCCACUGCAACAGUCACAGACUAUUCAGACACAGAUUCUUCCCAGCAGCCCACUGCAACAGUCAAACACUCUUCAGACACAGACGCUUCCCAGCAGCCCACUGCAGCAGAGAUAGACUCUUCCAGAGAGCCCACUGAAGCAGACACAGACUCCUCCCAGAAGUCCACUUCAGCAGGCACAGACUCUUCCCAGCACCCCACUGCAAUAGAGAUAGACUCUACCAGGAAGCCAGGUGCAGCAGACAAAGACUCCUCCCAGAAGUCCACUGCAACAGUCACAGACUCUUCAGACGCAGACUCUUCUCAGCAGCCCACUGUAACCGUCACAGACUCUUCAGACACAGACUGUUCCCAGCAGCUCACUGCAACAGUCAAAGACUCUUCAGACACAGACUCUUCCCAGCAGCCCACUGCAACAGUCACAGACUCUUCAGACACAGACUCUUCCCAGCAGCCCACUGCAGCAGAGAUAGACUCUUCCCAGCAGCCCACUGCAACAGAGAUAUGCUCUUCCAGGAAGCCGGCUGCAACAGACAAAGACUCCUCCCAGAAGUCCGCUUCAACAGGCACAGACUCUUCAGACACCGACUCUUCUCAGCAGCCCACUGUAACAGUCACAGACUCUUCAGACACAGACUCCUCUCAGCAGCCCACUUCAACAGUCACAGACUCUUCCCAGCAGCCCACUGCAACAGUCAAAGACUCUUCAGACACAGACUCCUCUCAGCAGCCCACUGUAACAGUCACAGACUCUUCAGACACAGACUCCUCUCAGCAGCCCACUGCAACAGUCACAGACUCUUCCCAGCAGCCCACUGCAACAGUCAAAGACUCUUCAGGCACAGACUCCUCUCAGCAGCCCACUGUAACAGUCACAGACUCUUCAGACACAGACUCCUCUCAGCAGCCCACUGCAACAGUCAUAGACUCUUCCCAGCAGCCCACUGCAACAGUCAAAGACUCUUCAGACACAGACUCCUCUCAGCAGCCCACUGCAACAGUCACAGACUCUUCCCAGCAGCCCACUGCAACAGUCAAAGACUCUUCAGACACAGACUCCUCUCAGCAGCCCACUGCAACAGUCACAGACUCUUCCCAGCAGCCCACUGCAACAGUCAAAGACUCUUCAGAAACAGACUCCUCUCAGCAGCCAACUGUAACAGUCACAGACUCUUCAGACACAGACUCUUCCCAGCAGCUCACUGCAACAGUCACAGACUCUUCAGACACAGACUCUUUCCAGCAGCCCACUGCAACAGUCAAAGACUCUUCCCAGCAGCCCACUGCAACAGUCACAGACUCUUCAGACACAGACUCUUCCCAGCAGCCCACUGCAGCAGAGAUAGGCUCUUCCAGGAAGCCGGCUGCAACAGACAAAGACUCCUCCCAGAAGUCCGCUUCAAUAGGCACAGACUCUUCAGACACCGACUCUUCUCAGCAGCCCACUGUAACAGUCACAGACUCUUCAGACACAGACUCUUCCCAGCAGCCCACUGCAACAGUCAAAGACUCUUCAGACACAGACCCUUUCCAGCAGCCAACUAUAACUGUCAGAGACUCUUCAGGCACAGACUCAUCCCAGCAACCCACAUCAACAGUCACAGACUCUUCAGACAUAGACUCUUCCCAGCAGCCCGCUGCAACAGAGAUAGGCUCUUCCAAGAAGCCGGCUGCAGCAGACAAAGACUCCUCCCAGAAUUCCACUUCAACAGGCAAAGACUCUACAGACACAUACUCUUCUCAGCAGCCCACUGUAACAGUCACAGACUCUUCAGACACAGACUCUUUCCAGCAGCCCGCUAAAACAGUCACAGACUCUUCAGUGACAGACUCGUCCCAGCAACCCACUGCAACAGUCACAGACACUUCAGGGACAGACUCUUCCCAGCAGCCCAAUGCAGCAGAGAUAGACUCUUCCAGAGAGUCCACUGCAGCAGACACAUACUCCUCCCAGAAGUCCACUUCAGCAGGCACAGACUCUUCCCAGCAGACUGCUGCAACAGAGACAGAUUUUUCCCAGUCCACUGUAAAAGACACAGACUCUUUCCAGCAGCCCAUUGCAACAGAGGUAGACUCUUCCAGAGAGCCUACUGCAUCAGACACAGACUCCUCCCAGACAUCCACUGCAACAGAAACAGAUUCUUCCCCUGAGCCCACUGCAGCAGUCACAGACACUUCCCAGAAGUCCGCUUCAACAGUCACAGACACUUCCCAGAAGUCCACUGCAACAGAAACAGAUUCUUCCCCUGAGCCCACUGCAGCAGUCACAGAGACUUCCCAGAAGUCCACCUCAACAGUCACAGACACUUCCCAGAAGUCCACUGCAACAGAAACAGAUUCUUCCCCUGAGCCCACAGCAACAGUCACAGAUUCUUCUCAGCAUUCCAUUGUAACAUACACCGACUCUUCACAACAACCCACUGCUAGAGUCACAGACUCUUCAGACACAGACUCUUCUCAGAAACCUGCUGCAACAACCACAGACUACUUCCAGCAGUCCUUUGCAACAGAGACAGACUCCUCCCAGCAGCACGCUGCAAAAGAGACAGACUCUUCCAAGACACACACUGUAACAGCCACAGACUCUCUCCAGCUGUCCAUUCCAACAGAGACUGACUUGUCCCAGCAGCUCACUGUAACAGAAAGUGAAUUUUCCCCAAAUCCCACCAAAACAGAGACAGACACUUCCAAACAUCCUAUUAAAACAGAAAAUGAAUCCCUUCAAGACAUCACUGCAACAAAAUCUGACUGUGUGAAUGCGAAAAAAGAUGAUAACUUAUCCGAAGCCUUUAGCAAACUAAUACCCAUUCUAGAGGCUAACAUUACUCAAAAAGACCAUAGCAUAUCUCAAAAUCCAGUCAUCACAGACUUAAAUUCCCCAGCUGAACAUUCCCAAUCUGAUACCGUUACACCUUGUAAUAGCCAAGUGGAACUAAACCAAACACAAGGAUGUAUAACUCGUACAGUAAAAGACACAGAUAAUGGUGCUUUAACUAGUCUUGAUUCAAUGGAGGUGAGCUCAACUCAGCCUCAAGGUUCACCAGAACCUUGCCUGUCCUCGGAUGAGAUCAACUCAACUCAGGGAAUAACACAAUUACAGUCUAACUUAUCAUCAAAUCCUAUGGAACCUAGCUAUCAAAAAGACUCAAAGCCUGAGAAAACAGAUGAGCACCAUAAAUCUGACACCAUUACAGAGCAAACUCAGAGUCAUGAUACUUCAGCUAUAGAUUCAGGGCCUCAGAUAGAAGUUUAUACCGCAAUAGACUCUAACGGGGUUGAUAAAAUUAAACCAACAGCACCAGAGGUAGAAAACACUGUGACUAAAAUUACAGAGGUGUCAGAAAAAACACAUUUGACUGUUCACAGUAAUUCAGAAAACCAGUCUUCUGUUGCAGAGAAUACAAAUUCGAAUGUGUCUGCCCAUCAGACAUCUACUGAAAAUGUUAUCUCUUGCAGCAACCUUAGAGAUGACACUAAAGUUCUUUUAGAGCAAAUUUCAGCAAAGAACCAACGCAGAUCUUCCCUGUCCAAGCAGAGUCUUGCUGCACCCAAUGAAGCCAAAAAGGCUGAGGUUAGCUCUGCAGAUAAAUUAUCAAGUUGUUCAGGAAGGCCCUGGUCCUCCAAGACUACACCAGAAGAGCGGGAGAUGUUACUACAAAAAAUGGAGCAAAUGCGUAAAGAGAGGAAGGUCUACAGCCGUUUUGAAGCCUCAUGAAUUAACCCAUUGGAAGAGGGGCUCCACUGAUGAACAAUAAGAGGGAAGCGAUUUUGUCUUAGCUCAUAACUGUGAACCUGCACAAACUUGGAUUGAAGUGUUUCAUAACUUCUGAUUAUACCAAAGAGUACUGCCUAUAUUGAGAGAGUGGAAAUCCCUGCAGGGCUUAACAAGCUAUGCAGAUGAUCUGCAUGACAGAAACUUUACCAGCUGGAAUAAGCUUUUGAUAGGGCAGGGAUUUCUUUAUGUGUAUAUAAAUAAUAUAGCUGUGAAACACAUUUCUAAAUAUAUUGUAGUCAUUGGGAGUUUCUAAAUAUAUUGUAGUUAUUGGGAGUUCUAUAUCUAGAAAUUAUGAUCUGUUGUAAAUACUGUAAAUAUAGAGUUGUUUACCUAACAAAAACAAGGAGUUUAUUAAAAAUGGAGCUGCCACAGACAGAGCAUGUGAGCGAUGUGGAGUGGGGAAGGAGUUGCAUGAUAUUGCCAGGAGCAAGGAGCAGGUUUUCUGAAAGACUCCAACAUCGUUCUGAUACUGCUCCAGCAUGUUAACAGAGUCAGACUAUUGUUCGUGUUUCAAUACAGCAUAAAACUUUGCUCCACAUAUUUUUUUUAUUAUUUUUUCAUUUAAUAUAGGUAUUUUGUGCCCAGAUGUUUUUCAUUGAUAUUAAAAACCAACACUGAAAGAACUUCAUAGUGGAUCAGUAACUGGCCACACAUAUUUCUGUGUAGUGAACUUGAAGCAGUGAGCAGCAGGAAACUGAAAACAUGGAACAAAGUGGAGCUGGAGCAAAAUGAUCACAUGAUGCUUUGAGGAGGGAAAAGGGAAAUUGUUCAAUCAUACGAUCUGACGAGAGAAUAGAAAAGGACAUUCCACUAGAUGAUUAAUUUAAGUGUUUACUAGUCCAUCAGUUGAUUGUGUAAACCAAAGAUAUGCCACUGUAAAAUACAUUCUGUUGGUCUAUGUUGAUGCACAAUGGAAACUCCUAAAGCAUGUUUUUGAGUCCACAUAUUAAUGUGUAUAACAUGCAGCACCUUUUACUAAAAGGAGUUUCUCAAUAUACCAAAUUGAUACAAUAAUGUGCAAUAUUAUGAAUUUGGGAUGAAAUAUUGAUUUAUUUAAAUUGUGAAAUCUGUUUGUCAACAUUUGUCAGUAUAUUAAGACUUACAUCUGUUUUUGAUGGAGGUUCUCAUAAGCUACAUGUGUAGAGAACCAAUAAUGUCUGUUACAUGUUCCAACCUGUUCCAAAAGUUCUGUUUGAAUCAUGUUUAGAGCAAAAUGAGUACUACACUGAUAUAAACUAAAAUAAAACUGGAACGUAAGCCAUGUUCUUCAAAUAUUAAUAUCUCAAAUGUGUGUUAUGUGCUUUUGUCAGAACAGUUAUGAAACCAAAUGAUUAGUGGGAAGGAAUUUAUCACAGACAGAAUUUUUUUUUUUUUUUUAUUAAUCUUCUGAUGAAAGAAUAGUUUACACAAUGUCUGUUUUUUGUUCAAUCUGUUAUCAUUGCCCUUACGGUACCAUUAUGUGUGUUUUAUAUGGGAACAAACUGAUAGUUGACUCAAAAAAUAAAAAGUCUGUUAUCAUUUA